AGUCUGUUGAAAACAAAAUUGGUUUUCUGUCAUCUUGUUAACUAAUUUGUUUACGUUAUUUUCGCUUAAUUUAAUUUCAAAAUGUUUCAAAUAAUUUAUAAAUGUAUUAAUGGACGAAGCAGGAUAAUUAAUUACAACAAUAAGAAUGGUUGUAUUGAGGAUUUGUACCAAAAUUUUGCUUCCAAUGAGGGAGUUCCUAUUGAUUCAUUCAAAUUGUAUUUAAAUGGGAAAAUACUCACCGAGGCCAAGACUUUGACUGACAAUUAUCCGAAUGGAUCUUUGGUUCCUAUUACGAUGCAUCAUUUGCUUGUCGGAGGUAAAGGUGGUUUUGGCUCCAUGUUGAGAGCUAUCGGUGCACAAAUUGAGAAGACAACAAACAAGGAGGCUUGUCGUGAUUUGAGUGGUCGCCGUUUACGAGAUAUUAAUGCCGAAAAGAGGUUUAAAGAAUGGGUUUCGAAGAAAGGAAAGGAUGAAGAGGAAAAAGAGAAAAAGAGAAAGGAAAAGCUUGAGAAAAUGAAACAAACGCCUAAGAUUAUGUUCGAAGAUCCAAAUUACUUCAAGAAUAAGGAUGAAAUUCCCCAGGAAGUGGAUGAAGCUUUGGAACAUGGACUUAAAAGUGCAAACGCUUCUCAAUCAUCUGAGAAGCGAAAAGAAACAUUCGACAAGGAUGUUGCGAUUAAGAAACAAAAGAAAAGCCUUUGGCUCGGUGUUGAUCUUAGUGAAGAUGAAAGUGACGAGGAGGAUGAUUCGGAUUCUGAUAAAAAAUCCACUGAAAAAAAAUCGCAAGGCUUAUCUUCAGAUUCGGAAAAAGACGAGGCCUCCAGAUCAACUUCUUCAUCUAAUCCUGGUCCAUCCUCAUCUUGUGAAAACAGUCAACAAUCAAUUGAUUCAGAUCAAGUUGUUCCAUUACCAUCAACAUCAAAUCAACAAAUUUCAACCUUAACCUCAUGAAUGAUAUUUUAAUUGUAAAAAUCAAACUACUACUUACCAUUGUAUUUACAGUUGAUUAAAUUUCAAAUUCAUCCUCUAA